AUGUCGUCAUCCGAUCGGCGCGCCAAGUUUCAACAGCUGCAGCGCCGGUGGCAAGACACGUCGAAGGCCAACCGCCGCGACGUGCUGGGCGAGCAAGCGAAGCAGCGCGAGGCGUCGCAGCGUGCGUCGCGUGCGCAUGCGUUCCGGCUAGCGAAGGCUGAGCGGACACUGGAGGAGCGUGACUUGCUGGAGCGGGGCGAGGAUGUGGCGCGACACCGCGCCAAGACAUAUACCAUUGAGGAGAAUGAGGCGUGGGAGCGCAAGCUUGAGGAGAAGGAGCGGUCGCGCGAUAAGGGCAUGAUGGAUUUCCAGGACCUCGCUGAGCGCUCGUACCAGCGGCAGCUCAAGCGCUUGACGCCCGAUGUGGCGCGGUACCAGCGCGACAAGGCCGCGUCGGCCGAUGACGCCCAGCGCGAUCCAGCUGCCUACGGCACGCAUGCGCCGGACGAUGACGCCGUCGACCGGCUCGUGCAGCACUUGAACUACGAGCACGACCAGAUCCAGCGCCGCAGCCGCCGGCGUGACGACGACUUGGACGUCGAAGGCACCUAUAUCAACCAGCGCAACAAGCGCUUCAACCGCAAGAUCCAGCGCUACUUUGGCGAGCACACCAAAGAGUUUCGCGAAAAUUUGGAACGAGGCACCGCUCUGUAG